UGACAGUUCUUUUAUUUAUUUAUCUGCACGCGUGUGCUAGUUUGGAGUUCCCCAAAGGAACCGUUUUUCGUGAAUUUCCUGCAGAAAACGGUCCAAUAUGAGAAUCGAAACUUGCUACUUCUGUUCCAGCAAAAUCUUCCCGGGCCACGGAAUGGUAUUUGUCCGGAAUGAUUGUAAGGUAUUCAGAUUUUGUCGUUCCAAAUGCCGCCGUGCAUUCAACAAAAAGAAGAACCCAAGAAAGAUCCGCUGGACCAAGGCGUACCGCAAGACCAAUGGCAAGGAGCUGACCAUCGAUCCGUCGUUCGAAUUCGAGAAACGCCGCAACGUUCCAGUGAAAUACAAUCGGGAGCUGUGGACCAAAACUGUCGAUGCCAUCAAGAAGAUUACGGAAAUCAAGGAACGUCGAGAGAGGCACUUUGUUAUGGAACGACUACGGAAGGCACGUGACCACGAAAUUCACAACGACAUUGUGGAUGUACAGAAGAAUAUUUCUCUGAUUCGGUCACCGGCUGUCGGACUGAAGGAGCGACGCGCCAAGGAAGAAGCCCAACAGUCCGCUUUGCUGAUGGACGUCGAAGACGACGAGGAGGAGAUCGAGUACGUGGAUGCCCGCCAGUUGGAGAAACAACUGGAGGAAUCUGCCGGUCAGCUGGAAGACGCCGAAAUGAUGAGGGCGUAAUGGCAGUUUAGGUUGGUAAGCAAGCGUGAGUUAAGGUAUCGAUUGUCUAUAGUUACUCUAUAUUUAAAACAGUACGAAUGAAGCAGAACAAUGCAGGAAACAA